AUGGAUGUCAAGGAAAUCAAGUCCACCGUCUCCAAUUUAGAGAAAAGCUCGGACGAGGCCACCAUCUUGAAGCUUUUGAACAUUCUUAACGAUGGAGUUCAACCGUCUGAAAAACUCUUGAGAGAAACAAAGGUAGGAGUGGCAGUCAACAAAUACCGGUCGAGCUCCAAUUCGGAAAUCAGCAAUUUGGUGAAGAAGAUGAUCAAGAAAUGGAAGGAGAUUGUUCAAAGCGAGAAAUCUGCCAAAAAGACAAAGGAGGCUGCGCCUCCAAGACCUGCUCCAGGGUCAACCACCAGCAAAUUCCAUGGAGGUCCUAGAAACCCUAAGACUGAUGGUGUCAACACAACCCUUUACGACAACGCCACCAGAAAUGCCUCCAUCAGUGCAUUAUACACUGCUUUGGCCAUCGAGCGUGAUGAUGACAGUAAGGCCAUCUUGCGUGUGGCUACAGACAUCGAGAGCGAAGUGUAUAAGGCCGAAUAUUCUGCCGUCACUGAUAGCUACAGAAACAAGUUGAGAACGUUCACCAUGAACUUGAGAAAUAAGAAGAACCCAGAUUUGCGUGCACGGUUAUUGGACGGCCAGAUCUCUCCCUCCGCAUUUAUCAAGAUGAGCCCCAACGAUAUGGCUCCGGAUGCAUUGAAGAAGGAGAUUGAGAAGUUGAACAAGCAAAAUCUUUUCGAUGCACAGGGUGCCACAGAAAAGAGAGCAGUGACUGACCGAUUCACUUGCGGCAAAUGUAAGCACAAGAAGGUCAGUUACUACCAAAUGCAAACUAGGUCUGCGGAUGAACCGUUGACCACGUUUUGUACUUGUGAAAACUGUGGUAACAGAUGGAAGUUUUCCUAG